CGAAAAUCUGUAUAGUUUAUUUAUUAUUCUUUCUUUACUUUUGUUGCUUGACUCAAAAGCAUUAUAUGUUAUAUAGUUAGUAUAAGUCAUAUACUAAGAAUUAGUAUAGUAGAGUUUAAGAAAAGAAUCAAAAGAGACAGAGAGAGACCCAAUGCAAAACCAAGUGAAACUGGUUAAGGUUUUGAGGUGAUUAUUGACAAUGCCGAUGCUUACCACCUCGAUCAUCCAUAUCCAUAACCAUAACAAACUCUUCAACCCAAUGUUAAUCAAACCCUUUACCAUUUACACUCAUCUCCUCUUCUUAAUCACUAUUACUACUACUAAUGUUGUUUCUGCAAAUAAUGAAGUUCUUACACUUUAUUCAUGGCUUCAUACUUCUCCUUCAUUUUCAUCAUCUUUUUCUGAUUGGAACCCUUCAGACACAAAUCCAUGUAGUUGGUCUUAUAUCAACUGUUCUUCACAAAACUUUGUCACUCAAAUUAAUAUUCAGUCUAUUGAGUUGGCUCUACCUUUUCCUACCAAUUUUUCUUCACUUCAUUUUCUUGAAAAGUUCAUUGUUAGUAAUUCCAACCUUACUGGGAUUAUUUCCUCUGAUAUUCAGUAUUGGUCUGAAGUGACUGUUAUUGAUGUUAGUUCAAAUAGUCUUGUGGGUUAUAUUCCUUCUGGUGUUGGCAAGCUUAAAAAUCUCCAAGAUUUGAUUUUUAACUCUAAUCAACUCACUGGGCAGAUUCCAAAGGAGUUGGGUGAGUGUACUAACUUGAGGAAUCUUCUUGUUUUUGAUAACUUUUUGAGUGGGAAUCUUCCUGUUGAGUUGGGAAAAUUGUUGAAGUUGGAAGUUAUUAGAGCAGGUGGUAAUAAAGACAUUGAAGGGGAAAUCCCAGAAGAGAUUGGUGAUUGUCAGAAUUUGAAGGUUUUGGGUCUUGCUGAUACUAAAAUCUCUGGCUCUAUUCCUAAAUCAUUGGGAAAACUAAUAAAGCUUCAAACUUUAUCAGUUUACACUACUAUGCUGUCUGGGGAAAUUCCACCUGAUAUUGGUAACUGUUCAGAACUCAUUGACUUGUUUCUUUAUGAGAAUGAUCUUUCUGGUUCUUUACCACCUGAGUUGGGAAAGCUUCAAAAGCUUGAGAAAAUGUUGUUAUGGCAAAACAGUUUUGGUGGGACUAUUCCUGAGGAAAUUGGGAAUUGCAGAAGCUUGAUUUCAAUUGAUCUUUCAUUGAAUUCUUUCUCAGGAAGUAUACCUCAGUCUUUUGGGAAACUCUCUAAUCUUGAAGAGCUUAUGCUUAGUAGUAAUAACAUCUCUGGUUCAAUCCCAUCUUCACUUUCCAAUGCUACUAAUCUCAUGCAGUUACAGAUUGAUUCUAAUCAAAUAUCAGGGACCAUUCCUAGUGAGCUUGGAUUUUUGACUCAGCUUAUAGUGUUUUUGGCUUGGCAGAACAAACUUGAAGGAAGUAUUCCAUCAACAUUGGCUGAUUGUACAAACCUUGAAGCUGUUGACUUGUCACACAAUGAUCUCACUGGUAGCUUACCACCUGGUCUUUUUGAGCUUCAGAAUUUGACCAAGCUUCUUAUCAUUUCUAAUCACAUUUCUGGUUCAAUCCCACCUGAGAUUGGUAAGUGUAGUUCUCUUAUUAGACUCAGGCUUUCUGAUAACAGAAUCAAUGGUGAAAUCCCAAGUGAAAUUGGGUUCUUGAGUAACCUUAGUUUUCUUGACUUGUCCGAAAAUCGCCUUUCGGGAUCAGUACCUGAUGAGAUUGGUAACUGCAGUAAUCUUCAGUUGCUUAACCUAAGCAACAAUACAAUUAGAGGUAAUUUGCCAAGCUCUUUAUCUUAUCUUACCAAGCUUCAAGUAUUGGAUAUUUCAGUUAAUGAGUUAGUUGGACAAGUUCCUGAUAGUUAUGGUGAACUUGUCACGCUCAAUAGGCUUAUUCUUAGUCAAAACUCAUUGUCUGGUUCAAUCCCAAUCUCUCUUGGUCACUGUUCAAGCCUUCAAUUGCUUGAUUUCAGUAGUAACAACCUCUCUGGCAAAAUCCCAGUUGAGCUUUUCCAAAUACAAUCUCUUGAAAUUGCUCUAAACUUGAGUUUCAAUGCUCUAUCUGGGAUGAUCCCACCACAAAUAUCCUCUCUCAAUAAGUUAUCAGUACUAGACAUUUCACACAACAAGCUUGAAGGAGAGGUAAUGGUGCUUUCGGGGCUCGAAAAUCUUGUUUCCUUAAACAUAUCAUACAACAACUUCACAGGAUAUCUCCCUGACAGCAAGCUGUUUAGACAAUUAUCAACAACAGACUUAGAUGGAAACGAAGGACUCUGCUCGAAAGGUCAAGACUCGUGCUUCAUCAGCAUUGGCGCGCCAAUUGGUGCUCGUGGCAGCAGCAGCAGCAGUUUCAGAAGCCAACACAGACUGAAACUAGCCAUAGCAUUGCUCAUAACACUUACAGUAGCACUAGCAGCAUUUGGUGCUUUUGCUAUUUUUCGAGCAAGAAAAAUGAUGAUGAUGAGUGAGGAAAACGAUUCUGAGAUGGGUUGCGAAUCGUGGCCCUGGCAAUUCAGUCCAUUUCAGAAGCUCAACUUCACAGUUGAACAAGUACUAAAGUGUUUAGUGGAAGAGAAUGUGAUUGGAAAAGGGUGUUCCGGGAUUGUUUACAAAGCCGAAACAGAGAAUGGAGAUGUCAUAGCAGUAAAGAAGCUAUGGCCAACUACAAUGGCUGCAGAAUAUGACAGAGUUGGAGGAGUUAGAGAUUCAUUUUCAGCUGAGGUGAAGACACUCGGUUCAAUUCGCCAUAAGAACAUUGUGAGAUUCUUAGGCUGCUGUUGGAACAGAAAAACAAGAUUGUUAAUGUAUGAUUACAUGCCUAAUGGGAGCUUAGGAAGUGUUCUACAUGAAAGAACUGGAGGGUGCAGCUUGGAAUGGGAGCUUAGAUAUCGAAUUAUACUGGGUGCAGCUCAAGGCUUAGCUUAUCUACACCAUGAUUGUGUUCCUCCUAUAGUUCAUAGAGACAUAAAGGCCAACAACAUUCUCAUUGGUCCUGAAUUUGAACCUUACAUAGCUGAUUUUGGGCUAGCUAAGCUUGUUAAUGAUGGAGAUUAUGCAAGGUCUUCCAACACUGUUGCUGGUUCUUAUGGCUACAUUGCACCAGAGUAUGGAUACAUGAUGAAAAUAACAGAGAAGAGCGAUGUUUAUAGCUAUGGAGUUGUUGUGUUAGAGAUUCUAACAGGAAAACAACCAAUUGAUCCAACAAUACCAGAAGGACUCCACAUUGUAGAUUGGGUCAAACAAAGAAGAGGAUCCGAAAUCGAAGUACUUGACCCGAGUGUCCGAGCCCAACCCGAACCCGAGAUCGAGGAGAUGUUGCAGACCUUAGGUGUGGCUCUACUUUGUGUGAACCCUGGGCCGGAUGACCGGCCCACAAUGAAAGAUGUGGCUGCAAUGGUGAAAGAAAUAAGGCAAGAAAGAGAAGAGUAUGUGAAAGUUGAUAGUAAUCAUAAACAACAAAACAUUGUUAAGAAGAUUAAGGGUUCUUCUAGUUUGGUUGGUCCAUCAUCAACAACUAUGGCUAGUUUUUCUAGAUCAUCUUCUUCUUUGAUGUACUCUUCUUCUUCUUCUUCCAUUGCCAAGUGAUUAUUGUUAUUAUCAUUUGUUAUUAGUGAAAAAAACAAAAACAAAAAAGUUGUUAUUGUUUUUUUUUGUUGGAAUAAGUCUAAUAAUUAUUAUAAGUGCUUAAUCCAGAUUGAUUUUU